UUUAUUUCUUUAUUUGUUUCAUACUUAUUCAAUUCUUGGGGGAAGAAAAAGCUAUAAGAAUGGGUCACAAUCAUGUUUCAAAAUCAUUUGUAGUCGACACAGCAGCACCACAAUACAGAAGCAAUGAAGAUUCUCGGAGUUAUAAUCCUCUUCGUCAUAUGCGCAUGUGCGUUUGGAUUGCCACAGCUGACGAGUAUCAUUUGGGCAAAUAAGUAUCCUCCUGGUUAUGGCCCAGUAGUAACCGGCAUAAAGGCAGCCAUCGCCCUAACUCCAUGCACCCCGGAGCGAACUCCCAGUACCUUUAGCUUCCGCUCAAAUGACGAAUGCAACCAGAGGUGUCCCGGAUAUUGUGCCAGCUGCAAUUCGACGUGUAUCUUCAGCCACCGAUGCGUCUGCGGAGCUAGUAUCUACUGUACAUGGAAUCCCGACACAUCCAAACUUCAGCCAGGAGCUCCGAUCCCACAAGUAUGCGAGCCCAUUGAGAAUUUCAUAGGACGCAAUUAACGUGUACUAAUAAUUAAAUACAAAACGAUUGAGUAAUAAAAUCCAUGUGGGCAUUCUGUAUCAACUUUGUAAUCACAAAAGCUUGAGCUACGUCAAGUGUCUCGACUAUUAGAUACCUGUUACUUAGCUAAUGCGCUUGUUUCCGAGAUUUCGCACGGACUUCACCUGGUGAUAAUUACAAUAACAUACUAAUACUAAAUGUGACUUACACUUUAACAAAUUCUUACUAGCGCCAUUGAGAUUUCGCUGCUAUGAAUAUGGUUGAUUUGUUUUCCGAACUAGCGAUGUACAUAUGUAUGUAUAUCUGUAUUUGUUUAUUUUUAACUUACACACAGCUCUAUGAGAAUGGGCCACACUCAUCUUGUUCAGAUCAGUGGUAAAAAUUAUUUUACAAAAGAGAAAAAAUAGACGUAUAGUAAUAUAUGGUAAUCAUUAUGUCAUGCAUGUCACAGAAACUAACACAUAAACUGAUAAGCAAAUUCACAAAAAUGCAGUCUUCUAUGAACAUGUUAGAAUAUGUAUUAAAUUUACGAAGAAUGCAUUUAAAUCCACUUUCUUACGAAAUGAACUUUACGGUCACGCGAUUUAUGUGAAAACAUUUAAAUAACAAAAUUAGUAUGCAUGGAAUUUUGCCUAUACUUUCUAUGCAAUCCGGAUGUCUAUAAUCUAAAAACUUUCCGGCAUUUCAAGCUGAAUUAAACUUGUAGAUAAAUGUGAUGGAUUUUAAUGAAAUUAGAAGGCACUAAAUCUGCUAACAAAAUAUUUGUAAAACAAAAGUUGUACCGCAAAUCCAUUUGACAAUAUAAUGAACAUCUUUAUUAUAUACAGUCCUAAGGUUUUGUUUAUUAUAUAAAUUUUAAGUUAAUAGAUUACCACGUAUCUCACGUAUUCUUAGAAAAUCCCUUAAGUCCUUCGAGCUUUCAAAUUUUAGGAAGUCUUAAAACUAAUGGAUAAUUCAGGUACUUUGUGCACUUUCGGUUGGAAAUUUUGAACUAUUCUUUCGAUAUUAUUUGUUUUCGGCAAACGUUUGUAAUAAUUGCAUUAGCAUUGCGGCCUCUAGGGCUUCUCUGGGCGACGAUCUGGGUCUCGAUUAUGGGACGAUGGCUGGUUGUUGCUUCUAUGGCCUCUUACAAUAGCCGCUGUCACACGCACAAGAGUCUUAAGUCUAAUCUUGUGCAGUGGCCAGCAGCUGCAAUAAGUACCUUUCGGUUCGCGACAUGGUCGGUGAAUCACUACCAUUACUGUUCGACUGUCACACUCAUCAUUGGCGGGGAUUACAGUUCAACGGACAUUGCCGAACCGAGUGCUGAAUAAGUGAUGAUGAUGUGCCCACGACAUAUGGUCGAAAUUCCAGGCUAAAAUGCGGUGGGUCCUGGCACGUUUUUGAAUAAUAUAUACCAAUGUGUGUAUAUAUAUUUUAUGGGUCUCGUUGGGUUAUUGAUUUUCAAUUGCUAAAUGCAUUUCCCCUUUUCGUUGUGCGAUUUAAUAUCCUCGUCACUGAAUCACGUAAAAAAAAAAGUAGUGUGAUGAUCAAGUUAUACUAUUAUCCUGCGGAGCACUUAAAAAAAAAUGUAUUGUUUCGCAGACGAGCUGGAUCCUUUGGCUGGUCGUUGGUUGUCGCUUAAUUAACGCUAUUUAACUGAGACAUUGUUCGGUGCGGCGUUCACCUUUUAUAGUGGCAGGUGGUCAGAACAUCCCUCUUGCUUCAGCUUGUUUAAGUACCUUCCCUGUACGUGUUGGCCGAAGACUUAGAUGUGUGUGUGGUAUUAUUAGGGGCGCAUUAGUGUGUGUCCCAGUCGCAAAAGGCUGCCUACUUUUCAGAGCUGCGUUGGGGAGGCUAAAGCGGCGAAACAACAACAAACAGAAGAGGAAUGAAUCCCAAAAAAUCGAAAGCCAGACAUUGAGGCAGGUUUCCUUUACUCUAUAUGCCAAGAUACAUAUACAUAUGCAUACACAUACAUAUACUGUAUACUUGAGGUUCUUGACCAGAAGCCAAAGUGCCGCUGAGCGAAAUAUGAUCCGAAUGGAGAUAUGCAACUGCAACUGCAACUUGCAACUGCCACAAUCAGUGAUGGUGGUGGGCUAAGGCCAAAACCCCUGCUUCAUCCCCAAUUCUCCCAACCGGGGGCGUCACAAAAAUUAAAUAACAUUUUUCCCGGCGGCUGAGUGGUGGCACUUGUAUGGCAUCUCCGGGUUUGGACUGCUCUUUGGUCUGGGGUUCUGGGUUUGGGUUUGGAAUGCUUCGCUGCUCAGCGCCCGUACAAAAGUGUGCCUGUGUUUAGUGGGGAAUCUCAACAAGGUAACGGUAAAGGUAAUGGUGGUAAUGGUGGCUUAGAGCGUAUCAAGUGACAGAUUGUCUGCGGCAAGGAGGCCGGCGAUCAGUCGAUUCGCUAGUCGUCUUGGGAAACCAUAAUUUCCGACAGCUUUUCACAACUGUCAGUUCCCGAUGUUGUUCUAAAGUAAAAAUAAUAAUUGAUAUGUCCGAAAUAUAUUACACACAUUUGGUUUGGGGGCCACAACAUCCGUUUAAUUGGUACAUGCUCCUUUGUAUUUAGCCGCCUAAAAUUACCCUUUUCUGGAAUUUGUUAAACUUUCUAUCUGGAAACACACACUGAUUAAAUGUAUUGAUUUCAAAUUGCAAAUACAAGUUUCUUUACACAAAAUAUUCAUUUUGUGAAAAUUUACCUAACUAUCAAAAUAUUAAAUUCUAUUUAAUAUAUUCAAAGCUCAAAGAAACGGAACUUAACUUAGCUACGAAUUAAAGUGUAUUAAAUGCAGCUGUUUAAUCUAACAGCAAUCAAAAUGAUAGAACUUUUAAUACAAAUUUAAUAUAAUAAUUUAAUAAUAAGAACUUAAAACAUAGUUUCACUGUCAUAUACUUAUGGUUAAUUAAAGCAUAAAAUAUAAAUA